GCGGCUACAUAUCUGUGUCCCAAAGAUGGCUGCCUCCAUGAUGACUUUGUGCAGACGAUGCUUUAGGAAUAUUCCAUCGUUGUAUCGAAGAAGUAAAGAGUACAAGCACACAAUACUGGGCAAUCCAUUGUUACACCUUCGUUAUUUCAAAACAAGUGUACAAGGUUCCCUCUUUUCCGGUGAAUAUGAAUGGCAGGAUCCAAAAUCUGAAGAUGAAGUAGUAAAUAUUGUGUAUAUAGACAAGUCUGGAAAGAGGAUUCCUGUACGAGGAAAGGUUGGCGACAAUGCCAUGUAUUUAGCACAUAGGUAUGACAUAGAACUUGAAGGAGCUUGUGAGGCAUCUCUGGCUUGUUCUACAUGUCAUGUCUAUGUUCAAGAAAACUACAUGAAUACUUUAGAAGAGCCUGAUGAAAAAGAGGAAGACAUGCUGGAUCUUGCUGUGUUUCUCAAGCCAAACUCCCGAUUAAGUUGUCAGAUUAUCCUCAGCAAAGAAAUGGAAGGCCUAGAGUUGACACUGCCUAAAGCCACUCGGAACUUCUAUGUUGAUGGACAUGUCCCACAACCUCACUGAAGUCACAAUAUGAAGAGAUAAACUUUGUAUAAACUGAUUGCCAUGAUGUCCAGGCAAGAGGUGUUCACAGAUGUCUUUCUACCAACUAGGAGUGGCUACCUACUGAACAUUUUCCUCAGGGUAUAAUCUCGUUUGCAAGUAAUACAGGAUUUCUGACAGUACCUUAUCGUGAUAGAGAGGUACAGUUAUGUGAACAAAGGACAAGGCCUGUCAGAUGUCCUAUGAGAGCUAAAAAUAUUCAAGUCUUGUGUUUAGCAUGCCUUUGUAUGCAGUGAACAGUAUGUGCAAAUGACUCUUUACACUCAUAGCCGAGGUGUUUAAA